AUGGACGUCAAGUUUGCCUUCCUCAACGGCGACUUGAAGGAGAUCUACGUCCACCAGCCACCGGGAUUCGUCAUCCCUGGCAAGGAGGGCAAGGUCCUUCGCUUUGCCGCAAGCGCCAAGGACGACGAGUUCGUGGCAUUCAAGGAGGAGAUGAAGGCCGCUUUCCAGAUGAGCGACCUGGGGCCCCUCUCCUUCUACUUGGGGAUCAAGGUGCACCAGGACGACUCUGGCAUCAGUCUUCGACAGACUGGCUACGCUAAGCGCAUCGUUGAGCUAGGUUGGCUCACCGAUUGCAACCCCUCUCUCACUCCGAUGGAGGAGAGGCUGAAGCGGAGCUGCGACAGCACCGUGGAGGAGGUCGACGCCACGAAGUACCGGCGCCUUCAUCUGCAAGCUGUUAAGAGGAUCAUCUGCUACGUCGCGGGCACCCUCGACUACGGCCUGCACUACCCGAGGUGUCCCUGCGCAACACACUUCAUUGGCUAUAGUGACAGCGACCACGCCGGCGACAUUGACAUGAGCAAGAGCACGAACGGGACGAUGUUCUUCCUCGGCAAGUGUCUUAGAUGCCGAAGCAGUGGAGCUCCGGGUGGACAGCACGUCGCUUUAGCCUUGGCGAAGAAACCCGUCUUCCAUGAGCGCAGCAAGCACAUCAGGGUGAAGUAUCACUUCGUAAGGGGCUGCUUGGAGGAUGGGAGCGUCAAGGCCAACUACAUCAGCACGCAGGACCAGCUUGCUGACUUCCACGCCAAAUCCCUUGGGAGAGUCAAGUUUCAGGAGCUGCGGUCCAGGAUUGGGAUGAUCAAGAUCCCUUAG